AUGGUGGAUGUAACCAAAUGGCCUAUUUUCAGCCUAAUGAGCCCCCAGGAGCUCUCCAGUAUACGCAAAGCAUGUGUUUUUGGAUCGUCUGCUAAUGAGGCCAUCUACAUCACAAAUGAUGAUGAGGUGAGGUUUAUCACGCAGGUGCGACACCUCGAAGGUUGCUUUGAGAAGUGAUAUUCCGCCCAGCUAAGAGUGCUGCCAUGUUUGUGAACAACAAGUCAUGUUUACUUAACCAGAGUGUCCUUCUCCUCGGCUUGUUUUUCAGUUUUAGUUUGUUUUGUCACUUAAAAGCAGCUUUUAUUUUCCUAAAACACUGAGGCUCGUACACGUCCUCAUUUUAUGUCUUUAGAGUGACAAUAUUUUAUUCAAGAGAUUCAGUGAUUUAUGGAUUAGUGAAAGCACUAAUCAGUAUUUUCAUAUUCUAAAUGCAUCAAAUGACUACGUGUCAGAGAUGGGGACUUGGCCUCAAGUUGCACUUAUGCUGCACACUAACAUGACCCCAGACUUAACAUGGAUUUGACCUUCAGAGACUUGAGACUGAAGCUUUGGAAUAGUCUUUUUUAUUUUGUAUUUUUGUUUCAAUAACAUAACAAGCUCAGUAUGGUUCCCUCUUAUCCUGCCUAAUCUUCUGCUUCUGGUGCAUUGGUGACAUGCUGCUGCUGCAAUGGCACAGUGGUUCUCACAGGCAGAUCAUAACUAGGAAGGCCGCUCAAGCACAGCCACCAACAUAUUUACUUUCUCAUGUGUUGCAAAAAGCAUUUACUCUGCAGGUUUUUUGAAGAGAAAGAGAGAGAAGACUCCUAACAUCUAUCACCUAACUACUCAGCUGCCUACAGCUACAUAGUUUUAAUUAUGGCCAGCAGCUGAUUUCAGCAAAAUAAGCUCCUAUAAUCCUCGUAGGUCACUUUCUGUGCAUGUACAUUUCAAGACAUACACAAACUUAGUCAGAUUUGUCGUAUCUGUGCAUACAUUUGGCAAGUAAAAGUAGAUUUUAUUUUGAAAAUUGGACUGAACAGUACGAGCCCAAAGGCAAACAAUAGUCCGACAAUGCUAGCAGCUAACCAGUGAACACACUGAAGCAUUGACCCCAAAAGCAGGGUGAUUUUCUCAGUGAAGAUAAUUUAGCUAAAAUAAAAAUAUCUUUGUAUUUAUUAGAAAGCCAGAAAGAUGAGUGCAAAUAUGUAUUCAUGUUUCUCUGUUCUAGCUGCAUGCUACAAUGACAACUCAGUAAGGCAAAAAUAUGUCAGUGUUAUGUUUACAGCCUGCUCUGCUGCCCCAAAGUGGCAUAAAAAUCAAACAGCAGUGCUUUAAUAUAAACAUGCAAGACAUUUCUGUUGAAUAGCUGCUGCACAGUUAAAAAAUCUGGAUUAUAAUUCAGAGCUUUUGUUUUCCACGGGGCUCGAGUUUGUUGAUUCUUUGUUAGUAGUGAGCGGUAAUUUUUAGUUUUUGCACAUUUAACUUGUAAAGUUUUAGAGUUGCUUUUAUAGAAGCUAACAUUAGAGCUCAGUCUUUGUAUCAGUGCUGCAUUGUUUUGUGUAAAGAGAGGAACUGUUGGUGGCACCUGAGGUCUUAUCAGUGCUGUUCAUUGUUGAUGUUUUCGUGUCGGAAAUGUGACCUUUUACCCACCGCUCCAUGUCCUCCCUCUCUCCACGCUCAGGUCUACGUGUUCGGUUUGAACUGCAGUAACUGCCUGGGGACGGGGGACAGUCUGAGCACCAUCGUACCCAAGAAGCUGGACUUCCUGAGCGGGAGGAAAGUGGUCAGCCUGAGCUACGGCAGCGGCCCCCACAUUCUGCUGGCCACAGAGGGUAUCUGCACAGAAACCUUUAAUCCUGCAUUUCACAGAGAGAUUAGAAAGCGCUGCAGAAGGACUAAUCUUUCUGUGUUUCAGACGGGGAGCUAUUUGCCUGGGGUCAUAAUGGUUACAGCCAACUAGGAAAUGGGACAACCAACCAAGGAGUCUCUCCAGUGCUCGUGUCGGCCAACCUGCUCAAUAAGAAGAUCACAGAGGUGGCAUGUGGCUCACAUCACUCAAUGGCUCUGACUGACUCAGGAGAAGUAAGUAGGCUUAUCUGUUAAAUACAGGUCAGUUAUGACAUUAUGCUCCUUUACAAAGUUUUCCUUUUUUUAAUUUCAAAUAACACAAGUGAUACAGCUUUGGUCAAACGCAGUGCUCAGUCGCACAAAACCCCUGAGGGCCCUCACAGCAAUCACAGCUGUAGUAGAUCUUCUGCUGUUAAAAGCUGGAAAAUGAAGCUUUGGACUUGAGAGAGAAAAGCAGCAGCUCAACACUUGGGCAGACACACCUUCUUUACUUCUUAGCUGGCAUUAGAUGAGCUGUACUCUAUACAGUAGCCAUAAAACAUGAAAUAAAGGCGGGUUAACUUUGCUAACCAGACUUUGUCACAAAUAGGGACCUUUAAGUCUCUGCUGAAUGUCUGAAAAGUGGUGCUAGCCGAGAAGUUGUGUUUCAUGAACCCACGUGAAACUACAUCCUUGUUGUUUUUAUGUCAAUCGAUAAAAGAAUCAGUCAGACUUUCUUUGUGUAGCACUUUAAAUACAAGGAAAUGCAGCACAAAGUGCUUUACAUAAACAGAAAGUCACUAAAAUCAGUCAAAACUCUGUUGCAUGUGCAGGAUGUACGGUGAGCAAACAAAACAAACAGGUAAGAAAAAUCUAUAAAAAAUAGAAAAAUGAUUUUAAAUAAAAGGAACUAAAGAAACUCAAUCAUGAGAUCUUAAUGAGGAAACACCAGAGGUUAGAUGAAAAUGUUCAGACUCAAAUAAAUUUUGAAUAAAUAAAGGAGCAUCAAGAAUAAAACAAUAAAACAGUAAGAUCUAUAUAAAUAGAUAAUAAACCAUACCAUACAUGAUAAUAAAACACUAAAAGACAUUAAGAAGUCAGACAGACAACUUCACAUAAAUCAGUGCAACAGACUAAAACUGAAAUAAAUGAAUCAAUAGUAAAACUCAGGUAAAUGCCAGACUUAAAAGGUGGGUCUUGAGUUUGUUCUAAAAGUGGAGACUCUGUGCCGCCCUCAGCUCUUCAGAUCGGCUGUUCCUCAGACAUGAUUCUGAUUAAAAUCUGUCUUGCUGUGAGUUUUGGUUUGUAUUUUAGGCACCAUUAAAAAUCUCUACCUGAAGACCCAGGGAAUCUCACAGACUCAUCCAUUAAAAGUAAACCAAAACCUGAGAUACUGAAGGCCAAUACAGAACUUGAAAAUGGGUGUACAGUUGAUUCUCUUUCUGUCUGUAUAAACAUCAUUAUGUUACCUGUAGACUGAGCCAGGUUAGCUGUCCCCCAUGUUUUAAGAUGUUAUGAUAAGCCAAGUUAGUUUCCUUCUUAGCAUACAAAAGGUGACGUUGUCUCACAUUACUCACAAAAAGACUAAUGCUCGGUCGCUGUGAAUACUACAACAAAGAGUAUAUGGUCCAAACCUGCUUCACUCGCAUUAGCAUGAGAGCUGAAGGAAUGUUUAGCUUCCUAUAAGGAGAUUUAAAACUGGAAUUUGGAGCUCUGAGUACUUGUGGAUUUAUAAUUUAUGCUUUGUUGCGCCACAAAGACAGAAGCUUAAAAUACUAAAAGGUCUUUAGUUGUUUAAAUCUUAAAAUAUUCUCUCUCUCUGUCAUUUAAAUUUUUUGAGGUCUCCCUUGAAAAUUAAGAGGAAAACAGUGUAAAGUUUGAAGAAAUUAAAAAGGAAUUUUAGACACAAAAUCAAGAUUUAUUUUAAAUUACAAAGGAGAGAUUAUAUGUGGAAAAAAUUAGUAAAACCAUUGAUGCUGGAAAUGAAUUAUUACAAGUUUUUGGACUAGCAUACAGACACAUCCAGAUACAGACCUUUCUCUUGUUUUAACCAGGUGUAUGCGUGGGGCUACAACAACUGUGGUCAAGUAGGUUCAGGCUCCACAGCAAACCAGCCCACUCCCCGCAGAGUCUCCAGCUGCCUGCAGAACAAAGUGGUGAUCAGCAUCGUCUGUGGUCAGACCUCGUCUGUGGCGGUGGUGGACAACGGAGAGGUGACUGUUGUUUGGCUUAUGAUGCACCUUUGAUCCAUAUGUGGUCUCUUCAGGACUCAGGUUGUCUUCAUGUCUCUGCAGGUGUACGGUUGGGGAUACAACGGGAACGGACAGCUUGGACUUGGCAAUAAUGGAAACCAGCUCACUCCUUGUCGCCUCGCAGGUCUGCAGGGUUUAUGUGUGCAACAGGUUUGAGAUUUACUCUGUUACUUAAACUGUCUUUAGUUGUCUGUUGGUAUAUUACUAGUAUAUUAGUUAAAGAUAUAUCUAAACUGAGUCAUUUGUGGUCUGACUAGAUUUUACUGAGAGUGACUCAACAACAUGAUUGAAAAAAAGCCAUGGAGGACAAAUCAGAUCAACUGUUUAAGGCCUGAUUGGAGCAAAUCAUGCAUAUGUUUUAUAUAUUUUUAGCUUUUAGCCUGAGCUUUACUCUGAAACAAUCAAUACGGACAGGAUUAAAGGACUACAGCAGAAUUUACAGUGUUUACAUUUUCUUUAAGCUGAAGAAGGGUUUGUUCCCCAAGAUGCAUGUUCAGACCCUUUUUCAGGUUCAGUCUAUACCCCACUUCCCCUCCACUUUAUCAGACGGCUCGUUAAAAAGAAGUUGAACUGGGACAAUUCUGUAAUUUCAGUAGCGCUGGGCGAUAUGGGUAAAAAUUUAUCAUGAUAUAUUUUUUCAUAUCAGUCGAUAUCGAUAUAUAUAUCGAUAUGCACAUUUCUCCCUCAUGUCCGACCUCCAAAAACCAAAACACCUCCACACCACCGUCGUCGUCGUGCCAGUGUUGUCAAUGAUGUCAUCAUCUGUUGAGCCUUCAUCUACAUUUCUGCCGGGGGUAACACUCAUUUUCUUUUUUUCUCACCAACAGUGCCGUCAGCUUCACAUGUUAAAGUGCUAUGGUUGUGUGUAGAUGCAGCCUGCUAGUACGCAGUUGUUUGCUACUUGGUUCUAAUUCAGCACAUGAUUGGUUCAGUGCGAAGCGAACCCGGAGCAACUCCCCUUUUCAUUGGCUAUUCCUAUGGUCUACCUAAACAUGGCCGAAUGCCGACUAUCGAAAAGCAUAUUGACCAUGUUUUAUAUUGAUAUUGAGGGAAAUUAAUUUUCGUUAUAUAUCAUUAUCGUUUUAUCGCCCAGCCCUAAAUUUCAGGUGCUCCACAAGGAUCAGUUCUGGGCCCCAUUUUAUUUACCAUCCAUAUCAAUAACACUGUCAUUUAUCUUCUGUCUGUAAACAGAUAAACCCUUUAUUUAGAGUAUAAACAUUCAAUGACCAGUUGUGUCCUUACUUGUUUUGAUUAUAAAAUAAUUGGUUAACAUCUAAAGUUUGUUUGUCCUCACUCUGCAGAUUGCCUCAGGUUAUGCUCACUCUCUUGCGCUGACCGAUGAGGGCUUGCUUUACGCUUGGGGUGCAAACACAUACGGACAACUGGGCACCGGCAACAAGAGCAACCAGCUGAGUCCUAUUCAGAUCAUGGCAGAGAAAGAGAGGUGAGUGGGUUCAUCGCCGCAGAGAUGAUGAACUCUUUUCCUCACUUUCUUAAGCGUUGCCAAGUCCUCUCCUCUGCCUCCUCUCACAGAAUCGUGGAGAUCGCCGCUUGUCACUCCACACACACAUCAGCUGCUAAGACCCAGAGCGGUCAGGUGUACAUGUGGGGCCAGUGCAGGGGUCAAUCUAUCGUACUGCCUCACCUCACGCAUUUCACCUGCACGGACGAUGUCUUUGCAUGCUUCGCAACACCUUCAGUCAUGUGGAGGCUUCUUUCCAUGGGUAAGACAAGGUACAAUGAUGUUGGAGGAAUGAAAGGACUUCACAGUUUCACAGUUUUGAUUCUGCUGAUCACAGAUGUCUCACUGAUGAACAUUUUCUCAGCUGGUUUUGAGAAAUUCUUUUGAAAGAUUCUGUGAAGUGACUUGAUUUGAAGGUAGAAUGUGUAGAGAAUCUUUGAUAAGGCUAUUUGUAACCUUUGUACUUUUCUUAAAAUGCAAUUUCAGUUAUUUUUUAACAUCUGGAAGGGACAUUUUAACCAAAAUUCAGAUUUGGGUUAACCCACUAAUCUAGAAGUAACACACCAGAAACACUCAGAAAACAGUCAAAAUCAAACCCAGUUUGUAGAUCAGAGAAACAAUGACUCACUGGUCGACAAAGUUAGGACCAUCAGCUUUUGAUCUUUCUCACAGGUUACCAUCCGCAUGUCUGUGCUGGUAUCACACCACUCCAGUUUAGUGGUUAUUAGAUAGCAGCAGAGUAUAGAGUAUCAUCAUCAUCAGCUGAUCUUUAGGUAGUGCUGAGUUACAUCUUGACAAAUAAAUUGUUCGAGACAUGCUGUAAUAAUCCUCUGCAAAAAUUCAUACAUAAGCCGUGCUUGGUCUUUUAGCUUUAAAGGUCCAAGUAAAUCAAAUUUCUGUGAGUGAUCUCUCUUCCUAAUACCAGAGCCUGAUGUGCGUGGGUGUGUGUAUGUGCGUGGGUUUUCUUCUUCCCUCCAGAGCAUGAUGACUUCUUGACCGUGGCUCAGUCUCUGAAGAAAGAGUUUGACAACCCCGAGACAGCUGACCUCAAGUUCUGCGUGGACGGCAAAUAUAUCUGUGUCCACAAAGCAAUUCUUAAAAUCAGGUCGGAGACUUAAACCCUCAGCUGUCUCCUCCUCACCCUGUGAUUCUACAGAAUAUACGACAUAAAAGAACAGCAAACAUCUCUAAAACACACCGUCUCUGUCUCUGUUAGGUGUGAACACUUCAGGUCCAUGUUCCAGUCUCACUGGAAUGAAGACAUGAAGGAGGUGAUUGAGAUCGACCAGUUCUCCUACCCGGUGUACCGCUCUUUCCUGGAGUUCCUCUACACUGACAGUGUGGAGCUGCCUCCUGAGGACGCCAUUGGUCAGAACCAGAAACACGCACACACACACAUCACAGCCUGACAGUUGUGUGCAUGUGUGUGUUGUGAAUGCUGACAGUGUCUCUGUACUGUGUACAACUGUUUGGUCAGGGCUGCUGGAUCUGGCCACGUCAUACUGUGAGAACCGCCUGAAACGCCUGUGUCAGCAUAUCAUAAAGAGAGGAAUCACUGUGGAUAACGCCUUCUCCCUCCUGUCCGCUGCUGUGCGAUAUGACGCAGAAGUAUGUACGCACUGUCAAAUUGGACUUUAACAAUAUUACCUCUAAUUCCAGACUGCUAACAUUAAUAUCUCUUGCUCUGUCCUUUUUUUGCAUUAAGUACUAGUUUAAGACGAAUUAGAGCGUUCUGAAAUGCAUUUAAACAAAACUGUAAUUUCUCAACAGCAAGUGGCAGCAGAUAUACAGAACAGUCUCAUCUGCAUAAAGGCAGAUAUUUAAGUCAGUAAAAGAGGAGAGAUUGUUAUUGAUAUAGAUGGUGAAUAUAAUGGGACCCAGUACUGAUCCUUGUGGAACACCUGAUUGAAUAUCGCCCACUUUGUGCGGACAUCUGAUAGUUUGAUUUCAAGUUUGUGUCAGUUUUGUCCACUAGUGGACACUUGAGACACUGCAGUUGUUUUCGCUCAUAGACUGUAUAUAGAAUGGACAGUGUCUGCCUCCUCGCUGGGUGAAGCCACUCUAAGAACAGCACCCUCUGUUGACGGGCUGCAGUAUAGGUCAUAAAUCCCGCCUCCUCUAGCCAUCCCUAUGGAGUUGUGGACAAACUUUAGAAAUUUAUUAAACAGAAUAUAAAUUUUUCUCCCCCCGGUUGCGAUGUUGACAUGUAGUUAUUGUAAGACUAGUUUGUGCUCUAGUCCUCUUUUUUUCAGUGCAGCUUCAUUUUUAAAAGUUAUUAGAGGGUUCAUGUUUUCUAUGACUGACACUUGAUACAGCCUAUGGGUGUACGAAGAUUACGAAGCUCACCCAGGGACACCCUUUUUGAGCCGAGCGUCAUCACAGCAACUCUCUGAGACUCUCCCGCCGAAUCCGUACAACACUACUGUGCAAUGCUGGUUUCAGGAAAUGAAGAAAAAUCGCGGAAUUACAGAGAGCUUUUCGGCUUCAAAUCCGUAUACAGGCGGGAGGCAGAACCAAGUUGUCCAUAGUAUAUACAGUCUACGGUGGAUUAUAAGGCACACUGUCAAUCUUUGAGAAAAUGUAAGGAUUUUAAGUGCGCCUUAUAGUUAGAGAAAUAUGGUAGAUGGUUAACAAAAUUAGGCCCAGUACUGAUCCUUGUGGAACACCUUUAGUUAAUGGUAGAGGCACUGAUUGAAUAUUGCCCACUUUAUGUAGUUUGAUUUCAAGUUUGUGUCGAUUUUGUCUGCUAGUGGACACUUGAUACGCUGCAGUUGUUUGCGCUUCAGUUUUGGCUUCAUUAUUUUGCUCAGUGUGAUUUCUUCACCAACUCUUUAAUUUGUACUUUCCCCCUCCUUCUCUAGGACCUGGAAGACUUCUGCUUUAAAUUUUGUGUAAACCACCUGACUGAAGUCACCCAGACAGCUGCUUUCUGGCAAAUUGACGGCAACCUACUCAAAGAUUUUAUAUGUCGAGCCAGCCGCUGUGGAGCCUUCAAAAACUGA